UGAAGUCUCAAGUUAAACAUAUCUCUCCUCUCAAACUCAAAGCAAAAGAUAACAGAAGAAAAAACCUAAUAAUGAAAGGAAUGAAGCCAUAUGUGGUUGUGUUUGUGAUACAAACUAUAUACGCAAUUAUGUUUCUACUCUCAAAAGCUGCAUUUGAUCAUGGCAUCAACAAUUUCAUCUUUGUGUUCUAUAGACAAGCAGUAGCAACCAUAUUCCUUAUCCCUUUUGUUUUCAUCUUUGAAUGGAAACUUGCACCCCCAUUGUCUUUGAGGACCUUCUGCAAGAUUUUCCUUCUUUCUUUCUUCGGGAUUACUAUGGCCAUGGAUUUAAAUGGUGUUGGUCUGAUUUACACCUCUCCAACUUUGGCAGCUGCUUCCACAAACUGUCUUCCAGUUAUCACCUUCUUCUUAGCGCUCCUACUUAGGAUCGAAAGUUUGAAAAUAAAGACGGUUGCUGGGAUUGCUAAGUUGGUAGGCAUUGUGGCAUGUUUGGGUGGUGCAGCUACCCUUGCCUUUUAUAAAGGUCCUCAUUUACAACUUUUAAGUCAUCAUCAUCACCUUCUGGGAUACCAUAAACAACAUGAUCAAAGUCAUUCUCCAUCUGGUACAUGGAUAAAAGGUUGCUUUUUCUUACUGCUCAGCAACACAUUUUGGGGCCUAUGGUUGGUGCUACAGGCUUUUGUAUUAAAAGACUACCCUUCAAAGUUGAGCUUUACGACUCUCCAAUGUUUCUUAAGCUCAAUUCAAUCUUUAGCUAUUGCCUUGGCCAUAGAAAGGGACAUUGAGCAGUGGAAAUUGGGUUGGAACGUCAGCCUCCUCGCUAUAGCCUAUUGUGGAAUUAUUGUGACAGGGGUCGGAUAUUACUUAAUGACAUGGGUCAUAGAGAAGAAAGGGCCUGUGUUUCUUGCUAUGUCAACACCACUAGCUCUUAUUAUUACAAUCCUCUCCUCUAUAUUUCUCUUCGGUGAUAUAAUAAGUUUGGGAAGCAUUUUAGGUGGGUUCAUGUUAGUAGUAGGACUAUACAGUGUGCUUUGGGGAAAGAGCAGAGAGCAAACACAAAAAGCCUCACAAGACUUGGAACAGGCAUCCAGUUAAAAUGAGCUACGUGUGGAAUGUGGAUUAUAUAUGUUUUUUGGAUUAAAAGAAAUUGUAAAAAAUAUAUAUGAUCGUGGAUAUUAUCCCAUAUAUAUAUAUAUAUAUUUCAUAAGUACAACUCAGAUGAUGUUGCAUAAACAUUUAAUAUGUUGUAGACUAUAUUGAAAUUAUUUCUCAAUGCAUGAUAUAUGCGUUUCGUUGAACGCCUAAGAAAAAA